UAGCAGAAAUUGUGAAGAGGAAACUCCAUGUUGUAACAAAGUUUCCUCCGCGGGCGCCUCUUUCUCUCUCCCCCUUUUUUGUUUUUAUUCCCCCCCCCAUUUCCCUUCCCCCUUUUUUCCUUUUGUUGGGGGGGCCAUUUCCCCCCCGCUCCCCGCCGCCCGAUCCGCCCCCGAAGUAACUCCUGGAGGAUCGGAGCGCGGCGGGAGGAGCCAGCGGAGGAGGGACCCCCCCGGCCAACACUUCUGGGCUAAUGGACAGUCAGUCCAUGAUCACCCAGGUUAGCAAGGAAGAGGCGAACACCCCUCUGCAGGAGAAAGGUGCUCACAGCCCAUCGCCGUCCAAGAAACCCCGGAACCGCAGCAUCUUCCAGUCCCUCUUCUGCUGCCUCUGCCAUGACGCCUCGGACCCCGUCCCGGUCAACAACAACGCGCCGCUGCUGGUGGAGGAGAACGGCGUCGUGCCCAAGGCCGCUGUCAAGUACCUCCUGCCCGAGAUCAAACCCCAGGACGCCAGCAAGCUGUGUGUGGUCAUCGACCUGGACGAGACGCUGGUGCACAGCUCCUUCAAGCCCGUGAACAACGCCGACUUCAUCAUUCCUGUCGAGAUUGACGGCAUCAUGCACCAGGUGUACGUGCUGAAGCGCCCGUACGUGGACGAGUUCCUGCGGCGCAUGGGUGAGCUCUUCGAGUGUGUGCUCUUCACCGCCAGCCUGGCCAAGUACGCGGAUCCUGUGGCCGACCUGCUGGACAAAUGGGGAGCUUUCCGCGCCCGCCUCUUCCGCGAGUCCUGCGUCUUCCACCGCGGCAACUACGUGAAGGACCUGAGCCGCCUGGGCCGGGAUCUGAGCCGCAUCAUCAUCGUGGACAACUCCCCAGCCUCCUACAUCUUCCACCCCGACAACGCGGUGCCGGUGGCGUCGUGGUUUGAUAACAUGGCCGACACAGAGCUCCUGGACCUGCUGCCUUUCUUUGAGGGACUCAGCAAAGUGGACGACGUUUAUACAGUGCUAAAGCAGCACCGGACUAGCAGCUAGUGACCCGGGGCCGGGCGAGAUGCCAGCCUGGCAGGAUUCCCCAGCCUCCCCCUGCCGGCCACCCCACUGAUCUACCCACGAGCCCCAGCGUCAGCCUGCAGCUUCUCCAGGGCGCAGAGCGGAGGCUGUGGCAGGCGGCAGGGGGGCUGGGCGGGGAGCCCAGUGUGGGGCUCACACCCGCCAGGCAUGGGGGAGACGCCCGGCUGCAUCACUGGAAACCAGCCACAAACCUGGACUUUUGUCGUCACGUAACGGUUCUUCUCCUGUAAACUGGGGAGGGCCAGAGGGCAACAGAACCACGGCCCGGUCCCCUCUGAUUGGGCUGGAGGGCAACAGAACCACAGCCCAGUUCCCUCUGAUUGGGCUGGGGGGUCGAGAACCACGGCCCGGUCCCCUCUGAUUGGGCUGGGGGGCAACAGAACCACGGCCCAGUCCCCUCUGAUUGGGCUGGGGGGUCGAGAACCACGGCCCGGUCCCCUCUGAUUGGGCUGGGGGGUCCAGAACCACGGCCCGGUCCCCUCUGAUUGGACUGGGGGGUCCAGAACCACAGCCCGGUCCCCUCUGAUUGGGCUGGAGGGUCCAGAACCACAGCCCGGUCCCCUCUGAUUGGGCUGGAGGGCCCAGAACCACAGCCCGGUCCCCUCUGAUUGGGCUGGGGGGCCCAGAACCACGGCCCGGUCCCCUCUGAUUGGGCUGGAGGGCCCAGAACCACAGCCCGGUCCCCUCUGAUUGGGCUGGAGGGCCCAGAACCACGGCCCGGUCCCCUCUGAUUGGGCUGGGGGGUCCAGAACCACGGCCCGGUCCCCUCUGAUUGGGCUGGGUGGUCGAGAACCACGGCCCGGUCCCCUCUGAUUGGACUGGGGGGUCCAGAACCAGAGGCUGAGCUGAGCGGAGCUGCUGGGUAGCCCAGGGUCUGGGGGGGGAGGGCAGCUCGGCCCCCCAGGCUCCAGACAUAAGGGGACAGGGAUGGACACUAAGGUGAGAUUUCCUGGGUGGCUGUUAACCCUUUCCCUUCUGGUUAUAUGGAAGGUGCCCCCCCGCAACGGUUCUUACUUCCUCAUCUCCUCUGGGCCUCACCGGGAAAUCGGAUUUCUAGGUGCCUUGGGACUGGGGGCCAUUGACCCCCUGAGCCAGCACUGCUUGGCUUAUGCAAAUGUCACCUUUCCCUGCAGUGCAUUGUGGGGCUUUAACCCCUCCCCCCCCGAGGAACUGCCAUUGCGGCUGUCAGAAGCCAUCAAGGUGCUCCCAUGCUGUGGUUGGUUAGAGCAGGGAGUGGGCUGGGCUGUUGGGUUGAGCCCACCCCAGCCCUGGAGAGGGUGGAGAGGGGGCAGUGGGAUCGCCCCAAGAGGGUCUCUGCUGGCCAUGGCUGGUAGCAGCUCUCCUGUCUGAGGGGCUGGACCUGCUGGCCCAUGAGCUCCCUGGUGGCCGGGGGCUCCUGCAUUCCCAGCAGAUAAGGUGGGAGGGUGCAGUGACACCAGCAAAGAGCAACUCCACGGGCCAGCUCUAGAGAGACACCACCAGUGCCUGGAAGGAUGCCCCCAUCCCCUUAACUCUGCCCUUCCCCAGGGAGCCAGGCCUGCAGGAUUCACACCUGUGGAGAAACAAGCAGCAUCUCUGACUGCAGCUGUUGGGGGGGCCUCCUUCCUCUGGGAUCAUGUUUAUGUCUCUUUCUCUUUAGUGCCUUCAGCCCUCCCUGCCACUCUCCAAACGGUUGGGGGGGCAGAUUCCCGGGCUUUGGGACUGGCUCAAACCUCUGCCUUCUCACUGUGUUCAGAACCGUAAAUGCCCCCGAACUGACCCCUGCCUGCCUGGGGAGCGUACUGUAGAGAUUGUGCCUUGGGACACCAUGUCCCAUCCACCCCCUAACCUCUGGGGAGCCUGGGGGGCCUUGGAUCUGCUCACCGCUGCACCUAGCGGGACUGGGGGUGCUAGCCCCAGCCCCCGUGAGUGGGGCAGUGGGGUGGUUCAGUGGCCGUUCUGAUGGGAAUGGGGGUCUCCCUCACCCCCCCCCCCAACCAAAUUGCUCCCAAAGCUUCAGCUCUUACUCUGGGUUCGGGGAGCAGGGAUUUUGAGGAGGGCAGAGGGAGAUACUCUCCCCCCUGAACCGAUUGCCCCCCAGCCGCUUCCCAGGGCCACAUUCAGGUUCACUGGAGACCUGCUUUGCACUGCCCUCCCCCAGGCUCCCCACAACACCCCCUUGUGCCCCACACCACUAGGGGGCGCUGUCUCGGGAAGGCGCCCCCUUUCUGUUGCCUUAACUGUUUUGUAUGCGAGUUGGUCUCAGCCGUGCCUUGUGGCGGUGGCAUUGCCACCGCUGAUCUCUGUCGCCUUAGCUCGGGAAAUGUCCCUCAGGGAGAGGUCUGGGAGGGCCAAGUGCAGGGGGAGUCAUGCAUUUUAACCGGGCACUUUUAGCUCAUAUAAAUAUGUAUCAUGUGUAUAUAUAUUUUUAGGGAAAGCAACGGCGACACAAGUCACCAGAGGAUUUUUACAGCUGGUGUUUUUAACGAUGUUCCUGGGAGAUGGUUAUUUUUCUGGUUGGGGUGGUUCCUCCUGUGAAGAAGCAGGGAGGGAUUUGGGGAGGGGGGUGGGUAUUUUGUCUGCUGGAUGAUGUCUGUAUUGGAUGCACACAGCCCUUCUCCAAAUGCCUGCCCCCCCCCCCCCCGAGUCCUAGGGUGCGCCCAGGGCCCAAGAGCCAACCGCCUCCAUCUUACGGUGCUGGGCUUCCAAGGAAAGUUUUAGCUCUUUAAAAUCCGGGCCCUUCAUUUGGUUUGGUUUGUUGGUUUUCCUUUCUGACUUAGUAACUGCCAGGUGAAAACAACUGGAGUGUGUGUCAAUUUCACACCUCCAAAUUUGUUCAUUUUCAUACACAUCUAUCUAUCCGCAAAAAGAACAGGAGGACUUGUGGCACCUUAGAGACUAACACAUUUAUUUCAGCAUGAGCUUUCCUGAGC